GCUGCAAAAGGUCUUGAAUGGCCCUGUGUCUUUAUCGCUGCUUGCGAAUCCGGUAUUAUACCUCAUCCGAGAGCCGAAGAUGCCAAUGAAGAAGGGUAAAAAAAAAAAAAAAAGAUAGAAUAAGGUGAUGAUAAUACUCGAAUGAAUUCUUAUGUGUUUAUACAUAAUAGACGACUCCUCUAUGUAGCAAUGACUCGUGCGAAAUGCUUUCUUUAUUGUACCUACGCCAAAGCACGCACUUAUUGGGGCAAAAGAAAACGUACAUCCUUAACAUUUUUUUUGGAUGGCAUUGAUUCAACUAUAUGUCAUCGAAGAACGCCGCCAUGGAAUACAAAUACAAGACAAUCAGUUGCUAAAGUAUUACAUCGAGUGUUACCAUCAAUGAUAUCAGACAAGACAGUCAAAUUAGAAGAAGACGAUGAUAGUGAUACCACCACCGACGACAGUGAUGACAAUACCUCAACGAAUGAAAUGGGUGAUCUUGAUUCUCAAAGAAAUAUCAAACGGGAGGAUGAAACGGAUGAAGGAAAAACUGUAAACUCAAAGAUCAAGGAGGAACAACAACAUGAUCCAACAAAAGAUCAUCCUGGUGACGCAUUUCCUGAUUUGGAUGCAGUGGAAGCGGAGGAACUUGCACAACGAACAAGGCGGUUCAGUUACGACUAUGAUUAUGAUUCCGAGUUCGGUAUUUCCUCUGAAGAUGACUUAAUGUGAAUAUCUGAUGGGACCCUCCUCCAGUUAUCAUAUGUUUAUC